AUGACACCCCCCCGCUGCAGAGAGCGCGUGAUGCUGGCUGCCACCCUGGCCCCCUCCGGGAAGCGGCGGUCCCCCCGGUCCCCCUGGCCCCUCCCCAACCUGGGGCACUGUCCCGCCCUCUUCUCCCUGCUGUUCGAGGCAAAAGCCACCGCUGACCCCAGGCAGGGCCCAGGGGUCAGGAGCCCUGGGGCAAGCCGAGUGGGCACAUUCCGGGACUGGCUGUCCAGGGGCCUCGUCACUGCAGCGGAACUGGUCAGCGCUGGUUUUUCCUCCAUGGAGCCCGAGGACACAACCCAGUGCUGGGGCUGGAGCCCAGAGCUGUGUCGCUGGGCAGCUAGAGGCAGCCCCACACGGGGGCACUGUGUACCCCACACUCUGUGUGGCCAUGUCCUGGGAAGGGAUGCUGGGAGUGCCCUGUCCUGGGGAGGCCAGGACCACGUGGACGGGCAGAUCCUGGGCCAGCUUCAGCCCCUGAUGGAGGAGGAAGAGGAGGCGGGGGCCGGGGCUGCCCCAUCUGCGAGGCCCGCCUUCCCCGAGAUGAGCUCCCAUGAACUGCGGCUGGCCUCCUUCUAUGACUGGCCUCUGACGGCUGUGGUGCAGCCCGAGCUGCUGGCCGCUGCUGGCUUCUUCCAUACUGGCCAACAGGACAAGGUGAGGUGCUUCUUCUGCUACGGGGGUCUACAGAGCUGGGAGCAAGGGGAUGAUCCCUGGACUGAGCAUGCCAAGUGGUUCCCCAGGUGUGAAUUCCUGCUCCAGACAAAAGGAAGGGACUUUGUCUGCAGCGUCCAGGAGUCUUGUUGCCACCUUCUCAGCUCCUGGGGCUCAUGGGAAGAACCAGAAGACACAGCCCCCAGCAACCACUCAGCUCCUGUCCACCCGGGCCCUGAGCUGCCCAUGCCCAGAAGAGAGACCCAGUUGGAGGGUGCCAGGGAGCCAGCAGCCCGGGACACAGAGGAGCAGCUUCGGCGCCUGCGGGAGGAGAGGACCUGCAAGGUGUGCCUGGACCGCUCCGUGGGCAUUGUCUUCGUGCCCUGCGGCCACCUGGUCUGUGCUGAGUGUGCACCCAACCUGCAGCAGUGCCCCAUCUGCAGGGCCCCUGUUCACAGCCGCGUGCGCACCUUCCUGUCCUAAGCCAGGCGCUGCAAGUGUGGCCUCCGUGUGGGCGCCUGUCCAUCUCAGCCUGUCCUUUGGACCACACGCUAACCGCCUGGUUCCU